AUUUUGUUCAUGCUUGAUUCUAUUUUUAACGUGCAAAAAUUGAUUAUUUUUCCAAGUGUUCCAGGUUCCGAUUUUCCUUUAGCAUCGAAAUUGUCCUUUUUGGAAAGUGCCCGUGUUGGUGAAGCAACACCCGAAAUAUGGCCUUUCCACGGCAAAUUUUCGGGUUGCUAAACCGUAGCGGCGCUCUGCCGAAAGCGGCGGGAUGCCCUUCGCUGCCCGGCAGACUCGGCCUUCAUCCGGUGCACCAUCGUUUCCUUGCGUCGAUCGCGGCGGGCAAGUACCCUUUCCGGUUGUCCACGGGAAGUUCCAUACUGUCGCCACAGAAUUGGCAGGAUUCCAAUCGGCAACGGCGAGGCUAUAAAAAUUUUGGUCACCAAGAUGAAAAGGAACCGCUGUACACCAAGCUGUUCUACGUUUUCCUGUGCACGAUGAUGGUGGGCUCGUGCCUGGAUUGGAAAAAGCUUGGAAGUGCAAUCGGAUGGCCGAAGGUAGAUGCCGAUGCCGGUGUGGAAAUGGGCAAGAAAAACGACUCGGCCGAGCUGGAGCAGGAAGAAGAGGACGAUGGCGAAGGUGAUGUAGAUGCCCAGGGCAAAAAGAAGAGUCGUAAGGAAAAGAUCGGUUUUCGUGAUCGCAAGAUCAUCGAGUACGAGAACCGUAUGCGAACGUUCUCGACACCGGACAAGAUUUUUCGUUACUUUGCCACCGUCAAGCUGUUACACGGGGAAUCGUCUACGGUCUAUAUGACACCGUACGACUUCCUACGCGCAAUCACGCCGGGAAUGAAACAGCCGGAGGGACUAGGACUAGAUCAGUACAAACGAUACGACUCCAAGAGCGUCUCGACGCGAUUGGAUCUGCAUCUGGACAAUGAUAGCAUCUUCUACAAGCUCGGUGCGUACGGGCUGAUCUCGUUCUCCGACUACAUCUUCCUGCUGACCGUCUUGUCGACUUCUCGGCGGCACUUUGAGAUUGCCUUCCGGAUGUUCGACCUGAACGGUGACGGGGACGUGGACAGUGAAGAGUUUGAAAAGGUUGCCAACCUAAUCCGGCAGCAAACCAGCAUUGGUAAUAGACACAGAGAUCACGCGAACACGGGCAACACGUUUAAAGUAAAAAAAGGAGUAAAUUCGGCCCUGACGACGUACUUCUUUGGGCCGAAGAACGACGAGAAGCUCACGAUCGAGAAGUUCCUCGAUUUUCAGCAGCAACUGCAGCGGGAAAUUUUGACCCUCGAGUUUAUGCGCAAAAACCCGGACGAGAAUGGUAACAUCAGUGAGGCCGACUUUGCCGAGUUGCUGCUAGCGUAUGCCGGCUAUCCGCAGAAGAAGAAGGUUAAGAAGAUCAAGCGGGUGAAGAAGCGGUUCCGUGAUCAUGGAUCUGGAAUAUCAAAGGAAGAUUAUCUGAACUUCUUUCACUUCCUUAACAACAUCAACGAUGUGGACACCGCCCUGACGUUUUACCAUAUUGCCGGUGCCUCGAUCGAUCAGGAAACGCUGAAGCACGUGGCCCGAACGGUCGCAUUGGUUGAGCUUUCCAGCCAUGUCAUCGACGUAGUGUUUACAAUCUUCGACGAAAACAUGGAUGGACAACUGAGUAACCGCGAGUUUGUAGCGGUGAUGAAGAAUCGUUUGCUGCGCGGCCUGGAAAAACCGAAAGACACCGGUUUUGUCAAGCUGAUGCACUCAAUACUUAAAUGCGCCAAGGACACCAAACCAGUUUUACUCGAUCUUUAAUGUUAUCGUUUAUCUCGCAAUGUAUAAUACUAGCUACGUAUCGGAUCGCGUAAAUCACAUGCUCACAUGUGCAUCUCAACAUGAAAUACCCCAUUUAUCUAUCCUUAACAAAACAAGAGCCACUCCACCGUCGGGAGCGCAUGACGAAAGUGUAACAAUUUAGGUAGAAAUCCGUUUUGUCUCUAUUUUUUUACCUCAGGACCGGACCCUAGAAUAGUCGCAAAAGAAACUUGUGUUAUACUCUAUCGUUAAGUUUCCCAAGUUUGUAUUCCGUAGCCGCGCGUAUCACUCCUCUAAGGAAAGUCAUUUGGUACGCACACUCAUACAGCCAUACUCGAAAGGAACCGGUGGACAUGUGAUGCUAGGAAAUUUAGAAAGAAAAUAACGUUAAACCACGCUUGUAAUACGCUUCUCUGUUUGUGAAAGCCACGUUUUUUCUUGUCUAAUAAAUCUACAAACCUUCUUGAAUCUUGUUACGGUAAAAAAA